AUGCAGAUGGAAGCUGCAGAUGCAACUCACCCCAAGGAGAAGAAGGACAAGGAACACGCCAAAGAGGCCAAACCGGCGAAGGAAAAGAAGGACAAGAAGGAGAAGAAAGAAAAGAGCAAGGAGAAGAAAGAGAAGGUCGGAGAGGUAACUGACACGGCCAAGCUGAGGGCAAAGCUAGAGAAGAUCGAUGUGAAAAUCGAUGACCUGAAGGCGAAGAAGCAGGAGAUUGUGGCUCGACUCCUCGAGCUCGAGGGUAAGGCAGCAGAGGCUGCAGCACCAGCGAGCGGCUGAGGUUUCGACAGGUUGUUGCCUUGAGAAGAAUGAAACAGCUUUCAGGCAAUGCAUGCAGCUAGUGACAUCUUAUUAUUGUUCUUUCGAUUGGCAUAUUAUUGUGCUUUAAUCUUCCUGGAGCUACAUAUUUGCAUCCAGCAUUGCAUGAUCAUCUAGAUUUGGUGCACACAAGUGUCCACCUUGUAUCGAAUCCGUGGUAAACUGUGGCAUGAAUGUACCUCUUAAAGAUCUUUGGUAUUGAUGUAUCGAAGUUUGCAUUUGUUUUUUCAUUAAGUGAGGAGCAGAGUGUGAAACUCUGCUGGCCAUUGCUGCUCACAUGACAAUACAAUGAACUGCGCUUCACAUGACAAUACGAUGAACGCACACAAAAUCUAAAUACCAAAGAACAUAUCAUAAGUAGUAAGAACGAGAAACUGGGGGCCUCAGUGGGAGGAGCUUCAGAACAAUCUCCAAAAUUCCAAGGUUUCCAAGAUUUGAAUGAAAAUACUAGUAGCAACAUAGAAAUUAUAGUAUAAUAACCAUAUAACACACUCAAUUCACAAAUAGUGGUGAACGCAGUGAUAGCACAACUUAUAUUUUUUACAGAAACGAGUGGCACAAUCCAAGCAAGUACUGAUAUUAACAUCCAUCUAGGCACAACCUCACCUCACACAUAGUAUAAGAAUAAGCUGUAUGUACUUAAAAGUAUGCGUAUAAAA